CUUCGCGGUGGCCAGGGACGAAGUGGCACGAUGUCGGUCUCGGAGCGCGAGCAGCUGAGCUCGGCGUACGACAUGGCGAUCGAAGCCAGCACGGGCGGCCGCGGUGCGCCGGCGGAAGAGGUCUACUACGGCUUUGGCGUCUUUAUGGGCAUCUCGGUGAAGAAGCUCAAGGAGCUUCGCGAAGAGAUGCAGAAGCGCAACAACUCGUCGCGCUUCGAGACGUUCCAUGGCGACGGCAACGAAGCCGGUCACGACAAUGAAGAGACCGAGGACGACGAAGACAUGUACGAGGCCGAGCCGCCCAGGGCCAAGACGCCGCCACGUGUCGAGAAGAAGGCCAUCGAACGUCGGACGAGCGAGCGCCGCGCAGCCAAGAAAGAUGCAGCGCGCCCCGUUGCGAACGCACGCGAGAUUGCGGCCCCCGCGCCCAUCACGACGGCGGCGAUGCCCGUCUACAGCGCGCCACCGCCGCAACAACAUCAACAACAACCGCCGCCACCCAAGCCUAUGCAUAUGCCGGUGUACGGGAUGUCAUCGCACACACCGUCGGCCGCGCCGUCGCUGACCACUCCGAUCGAGAAGACGCCGUACACGAUGGACCACAUGCCGCAGUCGUCGCAGAUGCCCCCGCCGAUGAACCCAUCCGCGCCGUACCCCGGUGCACAGCAUGGUAUGCACGCGCCGCCGUCGUAUCAAUCCUCCAACGGGUACGCCCCGCCCCCGCACGCGAUGAUGCAGCAGACGCCGCAGCACCCGUCGAUGCAGUAUGCGCCACCACCGCAGCAGCAGCAGCAGCAGCAGCACGUGCAGUACAUGCAGCAGCAGCAACAGCCGCCACCGCCGCAGUACGGUGCGCCGUACCACCAGUCGUACCAGCAGCCGCCGCCACAACAGCAACCGCCGCCCGCGCCCGUGUACAGUCAGAUGCCACCGGCGCCGUCGAUGCACGACCGCCAGGGACCACCGCAACUGCAACACAUGCAGCAUCACCACCAGGGGUAUGGCAACCCGCCGCCGAUGCAGUCGCAGUCACCGUACCAGCAAACGGGGUACCAGCACAGCCAGGCGCCGGCGUAUGCCCCACCGCCGAUGAAUGCCCCGGGGCACGAAGCACAGCAGCCGUACGCCAACCAAAUCCCGUCGCCAGCCCCGCAAGGCGGACUCGGGCGACUGCUGCCGCCGCCGCCGUCGCAGGGCAUUCCGUCGCUGAGCGGGUUUGGUGCCAAGCCGCUGCCGUCGCUCGGCUUUUCGUCAGCGCAACCGCCGUACGCGCCAUCGAACGCACCGCAGCAGGGCUACUACAACCAGCCGCCGCAGCAGCAGCAACCGCCGCAGUCGUACCAGCAGCAGUCGUAUCAGCCACCGCCGUCGCACCAUCAACAACAGCAGCAACACCCGCAGUACGCGCAGCACCAAACCAACUACCCGCCCCACCAAUACGCGCCGCCACCGCACCAAAUGCAGCAACCGCCGCAGCAAGCGCCCGGCGCGCUGCCGUCUGUCGCCGACCUCUCGAAACGAUCGUCCAUGAGCUUUAUUUUAGACUAACUCGUUGUCGUGGUCGAGCACUAACUACUACUAUGUUUACAGUACUAGAUUUGACUUAUUGCA